CAUUAAAAAGGGAAUAUCUUAUUACAAGAAGAAUCUAGGAAGCAUUUAUUGCUAUUUUGAGUUGAAAGCUUCUUAGCCACAGCAAUCGAAGACCCAUUUUCUCUUCAACAACCGUCGCGCUUUAUCCGUCGUUCAAAGAUGUCGGAAGUGGAACCACCCUUUAGACCACGUGUGAAGAUUGUUGAGAAGCAAAAGUAUUUCCAGAAUAUCCCAAAACACACAUACCUCAAAGGGCCGUUGGAUAAGGUUACAUCUGUUGCAAUACCAAUUGCUUUGGCAGGAACUUCGUUGUUUCUGAUUGGUCGAGGGAUCUACAAUAUGUCACUUGGAAUAGGAAAGAAAGAAUGACUUGUGAGUUCCUGAUCGAAGAGGUGGGUGUUUUGUAGCUCAAACUUAAGAGAACUUCCUCAAUAUGUACUGUCUAUUUUCUUUGCUUUAAUGUUAAGUGUCUUAAUAAAUAUGCUUGAUUACGGAGUUUGAUCACCAAUGGAGGUUUAGUAUGUGAAUGAAUAUGGUUCGCCGUAUGUUUGGUGUAACUGGUUUAUGAGUUAGUACUUGUGUUGUGUGUUAAUAUUGAUUGUUCUAGCUCA